UAGGUGUGGUUAAAAGAUAUCAAAAAGACAAUAACUUCCUCGGAUCAUCGCAUUUCUUUAAGAAACCCAACGAGUGAAGAUGCAUUUCUUGUUUUGUCUUGCGUUUGUCGUGUUCUAUCACGGACAGAGUGCGCUUACAUUCGAAGAAGAGAAUUGGCUACUUGAUCUUCAUGAAGGAGAUAUCCAACUGAACAAUGUCCAGAAAGAUUCUCUGAGAUUCUUUGGCGACCCUACGACAUCACUUGGGGCUCGUGGACUGACGUCAGACGCUACUAAACUAUGGUCCAAUCUCAUCGUUCCUUACGAUAUUUCUUUAGAGUUAGAAAACGUUCCAGAAGCCGUUGCCUCCAUCAAUGCUGCUAUCAGAGAGUGGGAAGAGAACACGUGUCUUAAGUUCGUCCGUAGAACAACUGAGAGGGACUACAUAAAAAUGUUCAAUGGCUCUGGGUGCUGGUCGUACGUUGGUCGUCAAGGUGGCAUGCAGCUAAUGUCUCUCAAAUCAGGCUGUUGGCACUUAGGAACUGUUGCCCAUGAGAUUGGCCACGCAAUGGGAUUCUGGCACGAACAGAGUCGUCCGGACCGAGACAACUUUGUGAAAAUCGUCUGGGACAAUAUUCCUGAACCGAGAAGACAUAACUUCAACAAGUACAACCGCACACAAGUAGAUUCUCUUGGUGUACGGUACGACUAUUUGGCUAUCAUGCAUUACUCCAAAACCGCCUUCUCCUCCAAUGGGCAACCAACUAUCAUUCCGUUAGAUCCAAAUGCUAUCCAGCUUGGUCAACGUGUUGGGUUGAGCCCACUGGAUGUCAAGCAAGCGGACUUGCUCUACAAGUGUAAUGGACAAACAACAAGACCACUGACUCCCAUCAAACCCAACCCACCUCCUCCAGGACCAGACACCUGUACAUUCGACAUCAUGGGCGAUCUGUGUGGGUUUGUUAACAUCGAUGGAGAUCAAUUCGAUUGGACUCAAUUACUAGGGAAGACACCAAGUGGUAAAACUGGACCAGCAGCUGAUCACACUACUGGAAGAUGGGGUUGGUUUUUGUACAUCGAAGCCUCUAUUCCCCGUAAAGAAGGCGACACAGCCAUCUUACGCAGCAAGGCAUACGCCUCAACAACGGAGCGCUGUCUACAUUUUUACUAUCACAUGUAUGGUAAAAAUAUUGGCUCUCUGUCGGUAACACACUCGCUCAUUUCUGACCCAGCCAAUGAACAGGAACUGUGGAAGAUGUUGGGAAAUCAAGGUAAUGCUUGGAUUAGAGCUGACGUUCAACUUCCUGCAACAAGCUCUCCUUAUACGAUAUCAUUUGUUGGUGUCAGAGGCAAUGGAUACAUGGGAGACAUUGCUAUUGACGAUAUCUAUUUCACUGAUGGUAGAUGCUGACCACCGCCGCCUGAUUCACAAGCUUUUGGCUUCAUAAUGUGUGAUUACUUGAAUAAAAAUUACAUUUGAAGCAGUCAAACUAAUUCAAAGAGAAAAUCGUUUGAAACCCAAUUAAAAGAAUGUCUGCUGUCA